CGGAUACCAUAGCCGCCUCUCUUUCACAUUACACCUCCAAUUCACCUAGAAACCCAUUAAAGUUCCCAUUUUUCAUUUCUGUUCCCUUCACUUGGACUGCUUUUUCUUUGUGAAUCAGGAAUUGAGGUUGAAGGUUUUUUCUGUUUCUUUCAUCUGGGUUGCUUUGUUUUUGUAGAUCAGGAAGUGGGUCGUCUUCAUCUUCUCGGUUUAAUCCUAAAAAGAUAAAAUCCAUGGACUGGUGUUUCGGGAGUUGUAUUGAUGAUCUAGUUGUUCCCAAAGAUCAAGAAUUAUCAGACAGGUUUCCAACCCCAGAAAGUUGGCCAAAAUGGGAAAUUAAUGCCCCUGGAAACAUGGAGUCACAAAACGAAUGCUUCAUUUUGAAUACAAAUUUCGCUCAGGAAUAUCUAGUCUUGAGUGGUAAAAGUUUAUAUAAUGAAGUUGAAAUGGAAUCUUCCGUCAGUGCUAAAGAUGAGUCUUGUUCAAGUGUUUGCGGAGGAUCAUCUCAGGAGUCUCUUAAUCAGGCACCAAUUUCUCAUCGACAGUUAGAUUACCAGCUUGAUGAACUCUCCAGAUUCCAACAGAUGGAUGACAUAUUCUUGAAUUCUUUGCUUGAGGAUGUGCCAGGGAGUGAAGAUAGUGUCAAAUCAUAUUCCCGUUCUCCUGAUUCUCAAUGCGACAUGAUGCCAACAGAUAAUCUCUUGGGAGAUAUGUUUUCAAAUUGUCAAAGCAUUUCAAGCAACCAACAAAGUGUAGGAAGCUCUAAGUAUCUCAAAACAAAUGCAUUUUCUCCUACUCAGAGUUUGCAGAAAGUGGAAGUUCCUCCUUUGUACAGUAGUCCAUCCACCUUGGAGAAAAAUAAUAGCCUAACGUUAAAGUAUUUGAAUAAGGUACCACCUGCCAACAAUACAUCCCCUCCAGAGAAAAGUUGCAUCGAUGAAAAUAUCACUCCAGGACCAUCAUCUCUUGAGGAAUUUAUUUUGCAGGAACUUGAAUCUGUCAUGACACAGAUACCUCAUAAGACUCGAAUUUGCUUCCGUGAUGCCUUCUUCCGCCUUGCCAAGAACUCACAACAAAAUCUGGUGGCACGCAACCAAAGAAGAAACUUUUCCUUGGAAACUGAAUUCCCAACCCAUGAUGCUAAGAUUAGGUCUGAAAGAAAGAAUGGAGUUGAAUCAGAGACCAACACCAUUGAUAUAGUCAUUACAAGCUUCACAUUGAACAAGAUGGAAGUUAACUUCCAGGAUUUUCCUGUAUUAAAGCACAGGUUCACCAAGGCAAGAGAAGCACUGAAGCACAGCUCAAAUCAGUCAGAGAUUCAUUUUUUCCCCCAGUCAUCUGUUAUGCCGAGGGAUGUUGAAGUUCCCAACGUAUUUUGGCAACAUGCAGUCACCAACGGCAACAGAUUAACAUGAUCAAUACAGUUUAAGAAAUGCUGCAGGGGUGAGAAGCUUUCAGCAUUAAUACAUAAUGGAGUUUUGCUAGAAACAAAUUAGAAUGAUGGCUUGGAAGGAGAGAUUCAAGAAAUGAAGCCUUUUUGAACUAGAAAUUCUGCUUCUUUAAGUUGUCUAUGUUUCUUCUAGAACUAGAAUGUGUAUAUACCAGUUGCUUAUUACUUGCUGCAUCUGCACAGCUCAGUUCAGUUUUGGUCUCAGUAUCUGUUUAAGCUGAUUCAAUCACUGAAAUUAGUCUGCUUUCUUUGUUUUCGUAGUCCUUAGCAAUGCCAUUUAUUAUUUGUAUGCUAAUGAUUUUACAAUCAUCUUGUUAUACAAGUACAACCACUCUCUGUGCCUAAUUUCAUAUUUAUAACGACCAUUCAUAUUGUUAUUCAAUAAAUGAAAUCUUGUGUC